UUGUGUUUUAUCCGGUUUUAGAAAAUUGCCUUUUUACACUUUCAUUGAAACUUAAGAGCGGAAUAAAUCAAGUAACCGCGUGGUCUCCCUGGAAAGCGAAAGGACCCGCGUCUCUGACGGUUCAGGUCGAUUUCACGGUGGAGCCUCGCAGCUCUCUGAUGCUCGCCGAACGCCGCCCGCGCUGCGCCAUUUUGAAAGUGUAAUGCUGGAAGAGGCAGAGGAGGCGAGGGAAAUCUCAAAGUAGAGUGCAAAGUCUACAAACCACUGUCGAGGCUUGUAGGCUACUUUCUUUGCUUGAAAACUACUUCUUGCAGACUACAUCAGCGGGUCGAGGAUUUUCGAGGAAGGUGUUCGGAGUAAUUAGCAGCACCCCCCGGCUUCAUUCCUCCACUCCUCCUCGGUCAGAACCUCCCAGCCGACCCGGGUCAGCACUGUUCCGUCCAGGGCCCCAAGCCCACAACACAGACCCCUAACUGCGCCUCUCAUCCACCAUGGCAGGGCCCGGUGGUGGGAGCAGCGACGUGCAGUGGUGCUUCUCCCAAGUCAAAGGAGCCAUAGACGACGAUGUCGCCGAAGCUGAUAUCAUAUCUACUGUUGAAUUCAACCACUCUGGGGAACUGCUUGCCACUGGGGAUAAAGGGGGUCGUGUUGUCAUCUUUCAGCAGGAGCCAGAGAGUAAGAAUCAGCCACAGUGCAGAGGAGAGUACAAUGUUUACAGCACCUUCCAGAGCCACGAGCCGGAGUUUGACUACCUGAAGAGUCUUGAGAUCGAGGAGAAGAUCAACAAAAUUCGAUGGUUGCCUCAGAAGAAUGCGGCGCAGUUCCUUUUGUCAACAAAUGACAAAACCAUAAAGCUGUGGAAAAUCAGUGAGCGAGACAAGAGACCAGAGGGCUACAAUUUGAAGGAAGAAGACGGGCGAUACAGAGAUCUCAAUACUGUCACGACACUACGGGUACCAGUGUUCAGGCCCAUGGACUUGAUGGUGGAAGCCAGUCCGAGACGAGUGUUUGCGAACGCUCACACCUACCAUAUCAAUUCCAUCUCAGUCAACAGUGACUGUGAGACCUACCUGUCUGCAGAUGACCUGCGCAUUAACCUCUGGCAUCUGGAGAUCACUGAUCGCAGCUUUAAUAUUGUUGACAUUAAGCCAGCCAAUAUGGAGGAGCUGACCGAGGUUAUCACAGCCGCAGAGUUCCACCCCAACCAGUGCAACACUUUUGUCUACAGCAGCAGCAAAGGCACCAUCCGCUUGUGUGACAUGAGGGCAUCAGCACUGUGUGACAAGCACGCCAAAUUGUUCGAAGAGCCAGAUGAUCCAAACAAUCGGUCGUUCUUUUCUGAAAUCAUCUCAUCCAUCUCUGAUGUGAAGUUCAGCCAUAGUGGACGCUACAUGAUGACUCGUGACUACCUGUCUGUCAAAAUCUGGGAUCUCAACAUGGAGGCCCGACCGGUCGAGACAUAUCAGGUGCACGAAUAUCUCAGAAGUAAGUUGUGUUCACUUUAUGAGAACGAUUGCAUCUUCGACAAGUUUGAAUGCUGCUGGAACGGGAAUGACAGCGUCGUGAUGACAGGUUCCUACAACAACUUCUUCCGGAUGUUUGACAGAGGCUAUCGGCAGGACGUGACCCUUGAGGCCUCACGGGAAAACAGCAAGUUGCGCUCGGUCCUGAAACCUCGUAAAGUAAGCACGGGUGGGAAACGCAAAAAGGAUGAGAUCAGUGUAGACAGUCUGGACUUUAACAAGAAGAUCCUCCACACUGCCUGGCAUCCUCUGGACAACAUCAUAGCCGUGGCCACCACCAACAAUCUGUACAUAUUCCAGGAAAAGCUGAACUAGCGUUUGUUGAACCACUCAGAUCCCAGUUUUAUGCUCGAGCCCCAUUGCUCUGAUAUACAACUAUGAACAAUAGCUAGCUGUCUUGAUUUUUUUUUUUUUUUGCUGAAUCCCUAAAUCUUGAUACGAUCUGCCCCUGGUGUAUGUGACAAUACAGACUGUUUUAACAGAAAACAGUGACAUCGACAUAGUACAAAGCCGCAGGCCAUCACAAGCAUAUUUCUGGUGUUAUUGCAGAUAUAAAUACGCAGGGUAUUUAGAUCUGAGUCCAGACUUUGGGAUUUAGUGUCAUGGUUUCCUGUAGUUGGAACACUCCGUUCGACAACGCUACCAUUUGCAGCUCCACUUCAUCCCAAACCAAAGGGAAAAUGUGUCGUUCACACAUCUUCCGCUAGUUUGUUUCGUUGUUCUUUUGUGCCAUUGGGACUUGAUUCAUGUGUAUGUCAUAGCUACCAGUUGUUAAGUUUUUGUAGCUACCAUGUUUGAGUAGGCAAUUCUAUCUCGUGUUUUUAUGUCUUUUUUGUCACCAAGUUCCUUUUCAUACUGAACUGAAACACUGAGACACUCCAUAUUUGCCCAGUAUUUGUCAAGUUGCCAAGUUCACUCACCACUUCUUUCCUAAUGUACAGCAUGAUUACUCUGUGAAAGGACUAAUCUAGUGUUUUAUUGUGUUUUAGCUCAUUCUCCAAAAAAUAGCAUAUAUCGUAACAUUACUGCUAACAUUUUUUCAAAGUGUACAUCUAUUUAUUAGAUAGGAUUUUUAACUUUAAAGCAGCUACUGGUUUACAUUAAUUUCUCUACAGUAAGAAAGUCAGCUUUGUUGAAAUGGGCUUGACGUGUAUUAUGUAAAGGUGAACUUCUUGUCUUUAUUUAAGUCAAAGUAAUUGUUCCGUGGUAACGCAUUACAUUGCGGGAAAACUAGCUUCUGACAAUAAACAUAAAUUAUCUAAAAUCAGCCUUAUUAAUCGAUCAGUGUGUUGGAUUUAGGGGGAUCUGUUGAAAAAAAAUAAAUUAUUUUAGUCAUGUUUUCAUCAUAGUGUAGUAAUCUGUAACUUCAAAAGGUGUUUUUUGUUAGCUUGAAAUGAGCAGGUCCUCUUCCACAGAGCCAAGUAGCCCUAACACUAAACUCUAGAGGGGAGGGAGGGAGGGAGGGGGGCAUUACGUCCUACACACUGAUCCUUUACUGUAACAACUAACAAAAUACUUUUAAACAACAUCUAUGUUUGUUCACGGCGGAGGUCUGGACUAGGGUGAUUUUCCGUUCAGUACCUUCAGCCCAGCCGAAGCCCAACAUUUUGAGCACCCUCAUUUGUGAGGAAUGAUAACUAAAAUAAAUUCAUUAUCACGAGCAACAUGUAAGCUGAUUUUCAUAGUGUAUUGAAAUAGUUACAUGUAGGAAAACGGUCAGCAGUAAUGCAUAUGUCAUUUGUAGUUAAUGUCCAAAAGCAUAAAAAUGAGCCGGUGUAGUCCUUUAAUAAAGACUCACGACUGGCGUGUGCACACGUUUUUUCAGGUAUCGUGGUUUGGGAAGUUAAACGGUGGCUUAUCAUGCCAAAGUAACCAGUCCUGUACGCCCUGACGUUAUAUUCUUUUGAAGCUGUCUUGCAGACAAGGUGCCCCUGCUCAGACUGGUCAUUCUUGCACAUGUGUGGACAACCAUAUAAAGCUCAGGAUAAAAGCUUAUAUUCGUGGAAGAACAUAAUGGCGUGAUGUGGUGUGUAGCACUAAGACUCAGUGCUGCUGCCGGCUGCCCCACAAAGUUGUUGUGUUGCAUAUUGAUCGAUCGCUUUACACUCUGGAUUUAGUUUCUGUUUGUAGACGUUUAUUCUUCUUUUUUUUUUCUUUUUUUUAUAUAUAUGAUGUUUUGUACUGUACCUGAUUGAAAGAAAAACAAAUAACUCACUAUAGCUGAUUUAUUUUUGUAUAAAUUAAGGCAAUAGGAUUACAGUCUGAUCACUGUAGUGUCUUUAGCUGUCUGUCUCAGGCUUGCUGUAGAUGGAAGUGUGCUUGAAGGUCAGGUAACCUUUUUGUCAUGAGACUCUGGGACAUUUUGUUCAUCGAGGCAGGUAUUUUUGUUUAAAAGCUACACGUUUUCUGUGACAUCCAGGCAAGAAAAGUGGGAUGUGCAAAGAAAAGUAUUUUCAGGUGUCAGUACCUCUGUAGUGAUGAGCACUAUAACUGUAUUUUUUUUUUUUGUUUUCUGAAUUUGGCAGACUGUAAGUGUUGUUUAUGUAGAACUUAUUUAGAUGCUUCAAGUUGGAGUUGGAUUCUGAGUUUAUUUGGAUCUUAACGUUCUGUAUGUGCCAUGGUUUUGUUAAAUGAAUCAUUACGUUUGCUGUGAAAGAAUGGGUUCUGGUGGGUCUAUGUGCAUUGGGAAGGCAUUUUAAUUAACAUAUGUUGCUAAAAUGGUUGAAUCAAGUUCUCUUAAGCUAGUCAAGACCAUUGACUAGGAAGACGCAUGUGUAUUGCUUUCCUGUGUAGUUAUGUUUGUUUAAAAACCAGAAUUCAUGAAGCUCUUGGUUGGCAGAUGGUUGUUCAUAUGGAGAGAAACAUUCAUGGAGUUGAACGUCUAUUAUAGUGGAGAUAUUUUGGCUCAUCAAUGCAGGGAAAGUAGUGACUGAAUUAAAUUUGAAGGAACUAGUUCCUAGGUCGAGUUACUGCGUUCAGAUGGAAGGCAUCAGCUUGUGGCUACAACAUGGGACGCAGUCUAGAAGCCACAUGGAUAAGAGUUCAGACUUAAUGUAGGACAUGCAAAAACCAUAUUGAACGGAUGAGCCUGUUGCAGAUGUCAAACUUCUCUUCAGACUCAUUGUAAGACAGCCAGAGUGGCCAUUCGGUGGCCACUGUAAACCAUUCAGAGGCAGCAGUUUGUGCGAAUCCCGACUCGCGACCCUCAAGAGAAACUUAAUGGAACUUGGCUACUUGAAGUUUGUUUCACUUGCUUUUUUAUUUUUAUUUUUUUUCUUCUAUGACAAGUUAAUUUCUGCCAUGAAGAAGAUGUUGAGCCUGCUAUAGCACAGUUUUCCGCCUUGUUAAGAUUAAGUUUUAUCCAUUCGGUCAGGGCAUGAAACUUCUUUGUCUUCUCGAUCAAAUGCGUCACCGCUACUAUAGAGAAUGGAUUUCCAGUCACUAGGAUCCCGCCAAAAUAACUAGUCGCUUCAAUACGGUGGCGCUGAACUACUGUCAAGUGUCACUCUCUCAGGGCUCUUGGUAAGGUCUUCUAUUAAUAAGAUACUUUGCAACCAUUUGAAAAUCAACUGCUCAUUAUUUUCUAAUGCAAGACGGUGUGGGGGUCAUUCAUGUUAAUUGUCUAAUGUUAUAUAUGUGUAAACCUGUAUAAUGUGGCACCUUUGUCCCAUUCCAUGGUCAUGUAUCCAGUCAUUUAGCCCCUGUUCUACAAGAAGAAAUGUCCAUUCAACAUGAGAUCAGUGAUUGACCUUGUCCCAUCAUUCACCUAAAGGAAACGUUUACGUACUCACUUAAAUAUUAAUACAACAGCAUUGAAUUUUUGAAAAAAAUCUGGAGGUUUUUUUUUUUUUAAAGCCAACCGUGUGGCCAUUGCAGAAUAACAGUUACUGACAUUCAGUUAAAAAAAAAAAAGAAAAACGACAAAGCGACUAAUUAUUUUUUUUUCCUCAAUUUUUUUCAAUCUUUUUCUCUUCCCCCUCAUAUCGUCUUCAUCCAAUAGCCAUUAUUAGAGGCUAUGGUGUAAACCACAAAUAUGAACCCUAUUGCCUUUCUUAUAGCAUUAAGAAGAAAUAAGAUAAUCAAGUAUGUUUCUCUGGCGUGCCAGAAAGGAGACAGCUCAGGGGAAUUUACCGCUGCUCUGUGAUCAAAACCUUGUACCUUCAAGAAUGCAGAUUUUCUAAACUAAAACUUUCUUAUUUACAGGUGUUUGAACUUUUUUUUUUCUUCCACGUUUCUAUAAUCGCUUUUGACCAUGACCAUGGGGUCAACUUGGCCUACAUAUAAUAAAAAAAAUAAAUCACAAAAUCUCAAGGAAACAGUCUAAAUUGGAGUUAUGAGGUUUUCCCACUUGCAGCAGCAUUAUAUAUAUAUACAUACAUAUAUAUAUGUGUGUCUAAUGUAUCACAGGAGUUAAAGAAAAAACAAAAUGCACUUUUAUUUUUGUGAAGUUCAUUUAUUUGUAUGUUUUUGUUCUUUUUUUUCCUCAAGGGGCUCUUGAAUAAAGAUUGUAAGAGUUUUGGUGAUCUGUUAGGGGGAAGACUACAAAUGGUUCAUUGUACAGCUAUGUUUGUCUUUGUCUAAUGGAAUAAAGUACAGUUUAGAUGAAAAGUAAUAAAGAAUUACAAAUCUGAA